UAUACCAGACAGAGAUAAGGAAGGUAAGGUAACCACCCAUGACGACAGCGAUUCAACCACCCCUUUUACCGUCUUUAGCUGUGAAGAAGAAUGCACCACUACAUAUGAGGACGCCUUCCUUACCUACUUCCGCUGGUAGGCGGCGCUGCUUUGCCGUCAGAUCUACAAAGGAAGACGCAAAUUCAAAAUCAGAAGAUGAUGGGGAUGAUGAUGUGAGCUUCUUGCUGAAGCUGGGAGGUGGGUCUUUUGCAGGUGCAGCUGCAAUAAAGUACGGAAGCAUCCUUGUGCCGGAGAUAACACGCCCCAACAUUACACAAGCUCUCGUCAUGAUAUCUACUCCUGUUAUACUAGCUCUUUUACUUUUGAUUAAACAAAGUCGUCUUCAACAGUAACACAUCUCUUCUUCAUUUCAAUUGCUGCUACAAAUUCCAUAUCAAAUAUCUCCAUGUAUGUAGUAGGGCAUCAUUUGUUGCUGCUGGUUUACCCUUUACAUUCCUUUGAAAAGUAUGUAAAGCAAGCUAAAUUGAUAAUUUGAUAAACAAGUUUGGUUAACUGUUUA